AUGGUUGAUCAGGAGGAAUGGUCUAGUAAUGCGAACGAAGCUCUAGAGAUCUCCUUCGUCCAAGCUGCGCCAGGCUCACUCAAAACACUCUCCUCAUUUCACCCUCAAUUCACAUACCCCAUAUUCGGCGAUGAGGAGCGUGUAUUUGGAUACCAAAGUCUGAAGCUCAAUCUGAGAUUCGCGGCACAUGAUCUACGUCCGAACCUAGAAGUUCUCUAUGACAAGAAAUUUAAGGCAGUAGGGGACACGAAGGCUACGGACAUCGAGGAAACGCUGAAGGAAUGGGUUCCUGAAUAUACCUUUGAGAAACUUGGAGCCUUUACUUCGCACAUUCAGAACGACACAUCCGCUUCGAGCUUCAAGCCACCGGGAGAGCUUCUGGAGACAUAUCAGAGCAAAGGGCGGAACUUCGAGAUAUGGAGUGGAGAAUUGACAGAUCCAACUGUCCAACGAGUCGUCGAAAGGAUACAGAUCAUGAUUUCAUUCUUCAUAGAGGGAGGCACGCCGUUGCUGCUGGAUGAUCAAGACUGGACACUUGCUCGAUGGCGGGUCUACUUUGUCUACGAGAAACUCUCAAACCUACCAUCACCAAACACCUCCCCGUAUUCCAUAGUCGGCUAUUCGACUUCAUACCGCUUCGUCACCUACGUCCCCACCGCCUCAUCCAAAUCCUCCACCCAAGACUUCACUCUCCCACCUCCGACACCAAUCUCACCCGCAUCUCUACCCUCCCGCGCCCGAAUAUCUCAGUUUCUCAUCCUUCCGUCCCACCACUCCCAUGGACACGGCACACAUCUCUACAACGCCAUGGUCAAAACAUUCCGCGCCUCACACACGUGCACGGAGAUCACGGUCGAAGAUCCCAAUGAAGCAUUUGACGACCUGCGCGAUUAUUGCGAUUACAAGCAUCUCCUGGACAACGGCACUUUGGCCAGAAUCUUCCUAAGAACAGACAUCGAUCCCAAAUUAUCAGCAAGAAAAAUUGGGGUCCGUGUUCCAACGUCUAAGCUUUUGGAUAUGCCGUUACUGGAAACCCUUCGAAAAAAGAAUAAGAUCGCACCUCGGCAAUUCGCCCGUGUCGUCGAGCUCUAUCUGCUCACGAAAAUCGCUCCACACAACCGACGAGCAGGCACAGCGCGCCUCACACAAAGAGCCCGAGCGGCUGAUCCGAACGACCGGGCUUUCUACUACUGGCGCUUGCUCGUCAAGCAGAGAGUCUACAAAAAGAACAAGGAUGUGCUCAUCCAAUUAGAUCGAGGAGAGAGGGUGGACAAGGUGGAGCAAACGGUUGGGGAGGUAGCUGGAGACUACGAGCGAUUAUUGAGAGGAAUGGAGAAGUGGCAGGGCGCGGAGGCGAGUGGCAGUUCAGAUAAGAGAGAUCGAGCAAAGAGAAAGGUGAUUGACGAAGACGACGAGGACGAGGAUGAAGAAAUGGCCGGAGACGCGAAGAGAGCAAGGAGUGAAGCUCUUUAA